AUUACGGAGUAAUUGUCCCUCUACACGAUCGAGCAGUCACAAGGGCUCGCUGGAGAUUGUCCAGGCGCAACAUCGAGGCUUCCGGGUCCAGAUAUCUCUCCAAGAUCCGAUCCGAUCGGGAACGCUGCGGCGACGAAACGGAGAGAAGAGAGAGGCCCGGCCUUUCGCCCCGCGCAACAGGUUCAGAAUUGGCCGCUUCAGUAGAGUGCAAGGCAGAUCUGAGCAAUCAGGAAUAGCACCGAGAUGACCUCUCCGUCGCAAUCGCACAUUUCCUCGUCGACGUCAUCAGCGUCUCCUUUCUCAAGGCAGCGUCCUACACAAGCUCCUAUGCCCGCUCCUGGUAGCAACAGCUUCACACCAGCCUACAAUCCAUUGUCGAGUCCUUGCUUUGUGCACUCGCACCUCGACAGCGCCGUCUCUGGCUCAGCUCGAAGAGGAGGCUAUCACAACGAGGUGCACCUCAAUUCGUCUUCUGCCAUGACACUAGGAGGUGCAGCUUCGAGCGCCUACUUUGAUGGAGAGCAUGGUAUGCAGUCUCGUCUGGAGGGGCCAUCAGAUGGACGAGACCUUGCCGAUGGGUUGGCAAUGAAUUCGACACCUGCGACCACGACAGGAAGCAACGGCACAGCAAACCUUCUGCGGCAACGUAAUCAUCGGCCCGAGCCAAGGCAUCGAGGCGCACAAGGCGCAGUCGAGCCCGAGAGCGGAAGCGAAGAGGGUAGCGACGCAAGCACCAGUCGAGACGAGAGCGCAUACAGCGAGGGUGAUGACGAAGACGAGGACCACGUACGGAGCUUAACCAGGCAGCUCGCAGAGACGGCGGUAGGAGUGAGAGAGAUGAGCAAGCAGCUAGGACGAGCAAGGGUCAAGUCGACAAUCAACACAGUUCUCAUUAUCACGAAAGCAAGGGACAACCACUUGAUCAAGCUAACACGGGAGCUUGCAAUCUGGCUCAUGGACACGCCAAGGAACGGUCGUGAAACUGGCUUGGUUGUUUAUGUCGACUCGCAGCUACGUCAAUCAAAGCGCUUUGACGCCGAUGGCAUUCGCAAAGAGUACCCUCAUCUCUUCAUCCCGCAAUCAGCCCGCUCUUCCCACCACAACCACCAUCACAGCCACUCUCCCUCGGCCGACUCAUCGAACAGCUCUCGGACAGGUAGCAUGUCGCAUGGCAGGGACGAAGGGCAGCUCCGAUACUGGACGAGCGACAUGUGCAGCCGAUCGCCCCAUCUCUUUGACUUUGUCGUCACUCUUGGCGGAGAUGGAACUGUGCUCUUUUGCUCGUGGCUCUUCCAGCGCAUUGUCCCUCCCGUGAUGCCAUUUGCGCUGGGUUCACUGGGCUUUCUUACCAAUUUCGAGUUCAAUGCCUACAAAAAAGUCAUGAAGUCAGCCCUCGACACUGGAAUUCGGGUCAACCUGCGAAUGCGCUUCACGGCCACCGUAUACCGAGCCACGCUUCCCAGCUCUCAGACGGCCGAUCGGAAGAGACGAAGGGCGAUCAGGUCCGGCAAGACGGGCGAAAUCAUCAUGCGCAACAUCCAGGAGGGAGGUUGGAACAGGAUAGAGACGCCGAUCCCAGACGGCGAGGAUCUGAGGGGCGCAUUCACCGAGGGUGGUGCGCAAGAGGCUGAUCCUACGUCGGCGAGGUCGGCCAGCGCCGAGCACCCUGCAGGUCAUGUUGACGAUGUCGGGCUACCUGACUGUGAUGCGGAGCCAUCUACAGCGGCAAGAUCAAAACCGAAGAGCAAGAAGGACAAGGAGGUCAUGUGCUUCAGCACCAAACCAGUCGAGACGUUUGAAGUUCUCAACGACCUUGUCGUCGAUCGAGGACCGAGUCCUUACGUUUCGCUUCUGGAGGUGUUUGGAGAUGAGCAUCACAUGACAACAGCCCAGGCGGACGGUUUGUGCAUUUCAACUCCGACCGGCUCAACAGCCUACUCGCUCUCUGCUGGUGGCUCCUUGGUGCAUCCAGAAAUCCCAGCAAUCCUCAUCACGCCGAUUUGCCCGCACACCCUCUCGUUCCGACCGAUGUUACUGCCGGACAGCAUGGAGCUCCGCAUCGCAGUCCCUUACAACUCCCGCAGCACAGCCUGGGCCAGCUUUGAUGGACGGGGUCGUGUGGAGCUCAAACAGGGCGACCACAUCAAGGUCACCGCAUCGCGCUAUCCUUUCCCGACGGUCUGCAACGAAAAUCAGUCGAAUGACUGGUUCGAAUCAAUCUCCAGGACGCUGAAGUGGAACGAACGUCAACGACAGAAGAGCUUCGUCGUAGUUGAAGAGGGCGAGGACGACGAGACGGAUAGAAAAAAGGAUAGGGCCAAAAAUGCCAGCAAGAAGAUCGAGGCAAUGCAAAGGGAGAAACGGGAGGCCUUGGAAAAGAGGCCCAAGGAUGAUGGCUCAGCACAAGUUCAGGACGGAAAGCAGCGCGCCGAGCUGGGUCUUGAUGGCGAUGACGACGACGAGGUUGACGAGGAGGAAGAUGAGGAAGAAGAAGAAGAAGAGACGUUCGACAUCGACGACACGAGCGCUGCAGCAACGAGGGCAAGCAGUCCUAUGCAGAGAGCCUCAUCGUCUGGCAGUCGUCGAUCCUCACAGAGCCACGAUCCUGGAAACAGCCGCCUGCGGACGUCGUCGAGCCAAGGCGCUUUGCCCAAUCUUUCUCGAUUGCAUCCCUUGACCAGUACGAAGGAUCGGGGAACUGAAAAGAGACGAGAAUCGCAAAGAAAUGAGUCCGAAUCUUCCACGCCUUCGUCGGCAGGGACAGGAAAGUUCGUGCCGUACCAGCAUGGCGUCAUUCAACCUUCGACAGGUCGCUCGAUCUUGGAUAGCCCUGAUCGCUUUGGCCUUCCAGGACCGCCCAAUCCUCCGAGAGCUAUUAGCGAGCGACAUUUGGCCACGGCGGACUUCAGACUCGAUGACGAGGACGAGCCUUCCAUGCUUCCUCCGCCUGAGCAGCUAGCGAAGAACAAUAAAUCCUCAGCAGAAGGAGAGAGGCGAAUGGAUGGGUCAGCCCCUUUCUCUCCUUCCUCGACCAGCAUUUCCGUAGCACGAGAGCCUCUCUCAGCCGCCGCUGCAGCGGUCCAGGGCGCUACGGAAGCCCUCAAGGCUCGUCAAGUAUCUCCAGCAGAACAUACUGGCUCUUCAUCGACCCUGUCUCCAUCCCAGACAACGACGACGUCGUCAAGAGAGAGGUCGUCGAGCAGCAGGAGAAGGCCCAGAAGCAAGAGCCUGCGACUCAAGAGCAGCGACAAUGCAAGCAACGCCGUCAACUUGAACGGCAUCGAAGAAAGCGCCACAUCCGGCAGCAGUGGCGGGACAGCGCUUGUCGUAUACGGCCAGGACGAGAGCGACUCUGACUCGACUGCCGAGGGAUGACGCUGAAUCUGCCCCUGUUUGGCUUCUCUAUCUUCUUAGCAUCUCUCUUAUCGGCCCAAAUGAAAAUGCAAUUGAGUUGUGCACUUUCUACGGCUCAUGCUCGUUACCACAACGCUCGCCUCUCGCUCCUAAGCUCCCUGCUCAAGCGCUUGUUC